GAGUGUGUGUGUGUGAGAGAGAGAGAGUGGGAGAGAGAGAGAGUGUGUGUGUGAGAGAGAGAGAGAGAGAGAGAGAGAGAGAGAGAGAGAGAGGAAAUUCCUCCGCCAUUGACUGCAAAAGGACUCUUCAACUUCACCUCGUGCGGAAACUUUGUUUAAACGACAGUUGUUUUAUUUUCCUUAAAGGAAGCCUUGUUGGGUUUUAGGAAUAAUGCACCGGGAGGAAAUCACCACAGAAACCUGAGGAAGAUGAUGAACCGACAGAUGGUACGUUUCGGUGCCGUUACAGAGUGAAAUGCACGAGCUUUGUUUUUUUUGCAUGGGCAACACCGAUGGAUCGCUACUACGAAGAGGAUCCGGCACGCAGAGCGAGCGAGCUGAUGGAGAACCUGUCGCUGUGCGAGCCUUACCGGGACGUGAGAGCGGUGCUCGAGCCAGACGUGGACUUUGGGCUACCUGAGCACAAGAGUACGCGCGCGCACAGGGACGCAUUUUACGUGGACGACGCGUACUGUACCGCGAGAUCCGAAGUUGCUUUGCCGUGCUACGGCAGCGACCGUCACCGGAGAUCAUGUGUUCACGCGAGCCCCCGCUCGAGCCUCGCGGCGCCUGUGCAGCAGGAGAAGUGUGGAAGCCCGCGGUCGAGUCUCGCGCACUGCGACGGCAGCGGCGCUCUCAGCCCGCGCUCGAGCUACGCGAGCACGUCCAGUGACGCCAGCAAGCCCUCGAGUCCCGGCUACGUGUACGAGUGCGCGAGCAGACCGAGCAGCAACCGCACGAGCGGCGUUAGCAUGGGCUACGACCAGCGGCACGCGAGCCCUCGCUCCAGCAUCUGUGGUCCGAACAGUGCCGGACUUACCCUCAGCCCCAGGUCCAGCAUCUCGAGCCACAGCUCGCGGAGCUCCCGGAGCUCGCGUGGCUCCAUGGGUGCGUGCCCGGAGCUGCUGAUUGCCUCCUCGCCUCGCGCAUCCCUGCUGGAAGACGCGUUGCUGCAAGACACCGGUGAAACCAGCGUGCUUCACCGUGCACACCUUCAUCCGUUCACUGUGCCUGAAGAAAUACACCACGGUGCCUCGGCGAGAGCUCGCGCCCCGGGUCCGAGACUAAAAUUGCCCUACCAGGUGACUCCGGUGCGAGAGAACGGCGCGAGCCAGGCAGAGAGACGGCUCGAAGCCCUCACGCUAGAACUGGAGAGGGAGCUGGAAAUGCACAUGAAGAAGGAAUAUUUCGGUAUUUGUGUAAAAUGUGGGAAAGGGGUGUAUGGAGCAAGUCAGGCCUGCCAGGCGAUGGGGAAACUCUAUCAUACUAACUGUUUCACCUGCUGUUCAUGUGGGAGGAGACUGAGAGGAAAAGCGUUCUACAAUGUGAACGGAAAAGUCUACUGUGAGGAAGACUUCCUGUAUUCAGGUUUCCAGCAGACGGCAGAGAAAUGCUUCGUGUGUGGACACCUCAUCAUGGAGAUGAUCCUCCAGGCUCUGGGGAAGUCCUACCACCCGGGGUGUUUCCGUUGCGUUGUGUGUAAGGAAGGAUUAGACGGAGUGCCCUUUACCGUUGAUGUCGAGAAUAACAUCUACUGUGUUAAAGACUAUCACACGGUCUUUGCUCCAAAAUGUGCAUCAUGUGGUCAACCCAUCCUCCCAGCUGAGGGUUCAGAGGAGACCAUACGGGUUGUGUCCAUGGAUAAAGACUACCAUGUAGAGUGUUAUCACUGUGAGGACUGUGGCCUUCAGCUGACUGAUGAAGAAGGCCACCGUUGUUACCCUUUGGAGGGUCACCUGCUGUGCCACGCCUGCCACCUGCACCGGUUAAAAACUUCUGGUCCCUCUCAGCCACCGACCAGCUAUCCUCUUCAUGUCACUGAGCUGUGAACACACACACAGGCCAAACAGAGCCACGAAGAGAGAUGUGUGUGGCAUUUGUUGCUGCUCCGCACACCAUCCACACUAUCCUUCACUGAAAUGAGGCACAGACAGACAGGAAACAGACUCUCUCUAUCUUUCUGCCUCUGUCUCUCUGUCUCUGCAGCUGGACCCUGGAAUGAUGUCACAGACUCAAACCUUGACCUCCUGUGGUUCCAAAUACUUAUAGGACACAACCAGCAUAUACAGCUACAUUCCGAGAAAGGAAAAGCCUUAGUGGCCUUUCGCUGAAAAUCUCGCACUUAAUGAUUUGUUUUGUUGUUGUUGUUGUUGUUGUUGUUUUCACUCAUUGCCUUGAAGUUGCACCAUUAAUAUCUGUCCAUUGUUUUGUAUUCAUGUAAACAGUGUGUGAUUGGAUGAGCUAUUGGUAAGGAAUUCAAAUCCUUACAACGUGCUCAUACACACACACACACACAGACAUAACGUAUUGUGUGUCAAUAUGAGCAGCCACACUCACAAACUGACACACCUACCACAUUAACAAGUCAUAUGUAACCUUAUUGAUAUUCAGAGACAUUUUUUACACAAGUGUAGAGUCAUUUUUGUGCUCAAGCGCUUUCAUGUAUCAUUUCUGAGCUCCG